AUGCAGGUGCCUGUGAUUCAGGUGUCAAAGCCACUGCUGCCACCACACGGCCACAAUUCUGCAAGUGCUGGGUGCGCGGUGUGCUCCGUCUUGAUAGAGGACUCCGGUUCGAUUCUCAGGGUGCACCUUGAGCAGUCAGCGAAACAGGACUGUUCGAUAUGUCAAAUCUUACUUGAGGCAAGCUCGCUGGGUGCUGAUCUAGCCAACGUCGACCGCGUUGUGGCCUGGCGAGAGAAUUCAAUGUUCUGCCUGUCUCUGGAACACGAUGAGCAGGGCGAGGCGCUGGCGCUGGCAGUGGUUGUUCUCGCCGUAAACGGGGGCAAAGAAGUCACCAUCACCAUUUCCGUGGCUUCCGGUAUUGAAAAAAUCACCGACUGCGAGAUGAACCACUCGGAGUGCCGCUAUAAAGAACCAAUUAGUCCAAACUUGCCAACUAGGGUGCUCGAUGUUGGCGACACGAAUCGAAGCCCCAGCCUGGUCGUCAGUAAUGGCCGCACGGGCAAAUACAUGUGUCUCAGCCACCGAUGGGGAAAUCCAGACUCAACGCAUAAGCGACUGGUGACAACAAAAGACACAUUGGCACAAUUCAUCUCAGGAAUACCUCUCGAAAAGUUUCCUCUCACUUUCCGGCAAGCCGUUGAGGUAACCCGAGCAGUAGGCAUCCAAUAUCUUUGGGUUGACUCUUUCUGCAUUGUUCAAGACGACAAAGAGGAUUGGGAACGCGAGUCUGCAAGCAUGGGUAGCGUGUACGCCAACGCGUUUGGAACUUUGUUCGCUGAGAGGGCAAUGCAUGGCGAUGACGGCCUCUUUCAAACACCUGCGGAAUUACAGGCACAGUCACAAUACAUCCAAGAGAUCGAAUUUCGAGAUAGUGUUUCCCACCAGUCCUACAGCAUCUUGGUCUCUGCGAAGCUCUCCAAUUACCCGAGCACUUUGGAAGAUGCUUUCUGUCUCUCCGACCAUUCUAAAUCUUGUAUUAUGGAUAGGGGUUGGGUGAUGCAAGAAGAGAUCCUCUCGAGAAGAAAGAUUUGCUUUUCAAGCACAGAGCUUUACUGGCAAUGCACGACGUUGUUGCAAUGCGACUGCUCUAUAAGGUCAAUGAGCACUGUCAAGCGGGGAGACCACGACUACGUCAGCCAGCUGCUGUUCGUGCGCAACCUUGAUGAAAAGAUGGGGCGAGGUCUUUCAAAGAGCUCGAGCGCUGCGCGGAGAUCAUCUACGGAUCUGAGCCGGUCAUGGCAGCGGCUCGUGACGCUGUACACGGCCAGAAACCUCACAACAGAAGCGGACAGGCUUCCCGCGCUCGCCGGUGUGGCGUCGCGUUGUCAUUCGGACAACAGCAGAUACCUGGCAGGUCUCUGGCUCUGCGAAGGUGUCGAGCGGCAGCUAUUGUGGCGUUGUAGGGCAUCAGCUCAUAGACAUCAGUUCUAUGCUCCCUCCUGGUCCUGGGCUUCGGUCUCGGGCGCGGUCGAAUUCCAUGCGUUGCAGAGCGGUGGUAAAUGGAUCGACAUGUGGACGGUCGAAAAAGGAAGUUGUGAGCCGUCGGGGUAUAAUCCCUUUGGCUCAGUGUCGUCUGGUUACAUCGAAGUCCGUGGGCCCGUCAUCCCGAUGAGGAUAAGCAAAGUCCGAGUUCGCCAAAUGGAAGCUAAGAACAUGGAGAUUCGGAAACUAUGGGAUCAGGGCGAAUACAGGUACAUGAUCGAUGACGACAGAAAGGUAUUUUCCUUGAAUGUCGAUGUUGACUUGGACUCGUCCCUGGUGCCGAGCACAUCAUCUUCAACUAUCGUUUUCGACGCUACUGAGGACUUGGAGACAGCGGUUUCGCACGUAAGCAGCAAGCAUCUUUUUCUAGUAGCAGGACUGUCAAGUUAUCGCCUAAGUGACUUGAUGGAGUUCAUGGGAUCCGGUGAAGUUCUGGGCUUGCUGGUCCGAGAGUCUCGGACACACCAGGGGAAAUGGGAGCGCGUGUGCGUUCAUGAGCUAAAGGGGUUUUGGCGUGACUGGGAGGCUUUGUCUGCGGAGAAGACAGUUGUGCUGGUCUAG